UACUUCAAAAAACCAAUUAAAGGAAACAUGAGUAGCAGCUCAGAUGAUGUAAGCAGCAGCAAUUGUUCAAGCAGAUCAGCCGAGAAGAGAUACAAAGGCAUCAGGUGCCGGAGAUGGGGCAAAUGGGUAUCGGAGAUUCGAGUUCCGGGAACCCAAGAACGGCUAUGGCUAGGUACGUACACUACUCCAGAGGGUGCAGCGGUGGCUCAUGACGUUGCUUCUUAUUGUUUGAAAGGAGCCACAUCUUUGCACAAACUUAACUUCCCGUCUAUGUUACCACCCACGGCGAGGACAGAUCUGUCUCCGAGGUCCGUCCAGAAAGCUGCGUCGGAUGCUGGCAUGGCCAUGGACGCACAGUUGAUUUCUUCCAGAGAAAUGGCGCCCAGGAAUGGCGGUUUUAACCAGGAAGGUCAGGCGUUGAGUAUCUCAGUGGAUGAUUAUCUUUGAAUCUGGAGGAAUAUUUUUGCACAUUGAAGUUUGCAUUGCCGAACACAGUGUGUUAAUUAGUUGGUAUUCCAUGUAUCAGAUAUGAUUAAUAAAUCAAUCAAUGGUAAUUCUGCUAGGAAUGAAGCUCAUAUAUAUAUUAAAAAGGAUUAUAUGUAUAGCUGUUUAUAUAUAUGAACCCCAGAAGAUCAAACAAGGUGUUUUAUACAUGCCAAUGCAUCUUCCAUAAUGACAUCAUAAACGUUUUUAGAUGCUACAAAAAAGGUUGUUGGUUUGUGGUAAUUAAAUAGCUUGAUGCCGUUUAAAAUUGUUGCAAUUUACCAUACAUAAUAUAAUAACCAAAUGUGUAUUUGAAAGCGUCCUAAAAUAAGAUAGAUUACUUGGAUUUGGAUAUGUAUUAUAUGAUCACGUGCAUGAAAAGGAUGUUUAGACGUGACAAGUUAUUAUAUUGAUAAUGCUAAAAUGGGGAGGAAGAAUGGUACCUCCACCACUCCCUCUGGGUUGACGGGUUGCGAGUUGUGGAUUUUUUUCUCCCGUUUUACUAACACUUUCAAACAAAAAAUGUCCAUCGACUG